AUGAUCAAAAAGACGCCGGAAAGAACAUUAGCCAACUUCUUAAUUUUCUAUUUCAUUGAACUUGCUUAUGAUGAUCUUUCCAUUGACUCGGAUACAGUGGAAAGUAGAGAAUGUGCUGAGCUUGCUGUCGGAGCAUUUCCUGAAGCAUCGCUGGCAGCUUUUGUCAAUAACUAUUUUGACAAGGAGAAUCUUGAAAUAGCAUCUGGAAUGGUGGAAGAAUCCAAGGAGAAUUUCAUCGAAAUGGUGCGAGAAUCCACGUGGCUUCAUGAGAAAACGAAAGAAGCUGCAGUGAACAAAUUGGAGAAAUUGAAGAAGAUAGUUGGGUACCCAGAUCAAUUCAAAGAACAAGGGUUGCUGGAUAAGACUUUUGAAAAUCUGAAUCUUCUCUCUUCCGAUUCAUACUACAAAAUCAUUCGGAAAGUCGAGAAAGUCAGAAUGGAACUAGUUAUCGAUUUUCUUGGUGUGGAUACAGAAUUCAAUCCAUUGGCGAUUUAUCUCGAUGCAAAUGCCCAAUAUUUACCACAUAAAAAUCUUUUGACACUGCUCGUCCCGUUUCUCGACGACCCUCUCUUUGACUCCACCUAUCCAAAAUACGUGAAAAUAGCUGUGACUGGAAAUACUAUAAGUCACGAAAUGGGUCAUGGAUUUGAUACAGAGGGAAGGACGAGAGAUGAGAAUGGAGAUGUAAAAGAUUGGUGGGCAAAAGAAGAUUUAGUGGAGUAUGAUAAGCGUUUAGAUGGCAAAGUUACACUGGAUGAAAUGAUUGCCGAUGGUUUGGGAGUGGAGACGGCAUGGAGAGCUUUCAAGAAAUUGGAUUUAGCAAAAGAACAGAAAAUAGUUGGAUUUGGAGAAGACUAUAGUAUUGAGAAGCUAUAUUUUCGGGUUGCUGCGUUGGAUUACUGCACUGUCCGUUCUAUCUCUAAUCUGGAAUAUCAACUAACAGCACCUCAUCCCACUGAUAGUUUCCGCGUGAAUGGAGUGUUUUCCAAUAUGAAGGCGUUUGCGGAGACAUUCAAUUGUCCAGUUGGAUCACCGAUGAAUCCGAAGAAAAAAAGUCUGAUGUCGAGAAAGGGGAAAUGUUCUAACCCAUUGCUAGUUCUGGUCAUAUUUCUUGUCAUUUUCAUUAUUGCGAUUCUCACAGUAGUCAUAGUUAUAAGAAGCAAAGAUCGGUUGACUGUGCCAGGGAGUCGGGAAGCGUUGAAUGUGGUUACGUCCACUCUGAAACCUCCUCCUGCCACUCGAAAUCAGAACACAUCACGCCCCCAAAUUAUAAUAACUUCAAAACCAAGAAACGUUUGUGAAACUCCAGAAUGUAUUACGUUGGCUCAUCAAUUGCACAAUUGGCAAGAUAAAAGUGUGGAUCCGUGCGUUGAUUUCUACAAGAGAGCUUGUGGAAAGUAUCAGGAGCAUACCAUUACGGAAGGAACUAGGAAUAAUAAGAAGAUGGUUAUUGUGAGGAAUUUGAUUAGAGAUUUCCUGCUGAACAAGACAGUGUCCACUUCUAAAUCUGAGAAUGCGAUGAAAGUCUUAUUCGAGAAAUGUGAGAUGCUCAAGGAACAAUAUGUUUUCGAGGAAAACGGAAAAUCUGUCCUUAAUGAGCUCGUUGAAGAUUUGAAAAGUAUUGGACCCUGGCCACUGUUAGAGGAUAAGUGGGAUGAAUCGAAGUUUGAUUUGAAUGAAAUGCUCAUCAAUUUGGCAAAAAGCGGGAAAAUGCAAUUUGGACUAUUCCAAAUUAUGACACCGCUUGCUCCACUGCUGGAGAUUGGACCACUAUAUUACCGAGAACCACCACAUGAUUACUUUACAAAGAUAAUUUCUCAUAUUUUGAAAGCGAACAAAAUCAAAAGAGAUAAGAAACAUCCGUAUGAAAUGGGAAGACCAGAAGUGAAGUUUUCCGAGUUGAAGCAGCAAGUUCCAAGUGUUGAUUUUGAGAAGAUUCUUGAGAACUUGAUAAAUCCUGCCAGGAGAAAUAUUCUGAAGGAUAAGAUCAAGGACAGGAGAGUUGGAUAUCAACACUCUUUGUUUUUCGAUAAGAAGGAUAAUCUUGAACACAUAAUCAAAUCCACUCCGAAACGUGUCAUGGCGAAUUUUCUGAUUUUCAACUACCUAGAGAAUACCAUUCACGCACUUUCAAUUGACGAGAGAGCAGUGAAAUUAAGAGAGUGUGACCGAGUAGUCAUUGGAUUUCUUCCACGUGCAUCACUCCGUGUAUUCGUUAGAAAUUACUUCGAUAGAGAAAAUAUUCCGAUGGUAUCGGAAUUGAUUGAGAAUAUCAAGGAAAGUUUUAUUGAAAUGAUACAAGAAUCCAAUUGGGCUCAUGAGAAAACCAAGAGAGCUGCAAUUCUGAAAGUGCAAAAAAUGAAGAAGAUGGUGGGGUAUCCAGAGGAAUUUGAACCGCCGGGAGCACUGGAUAAAAUGUUGAAAACUCUCCAUCUGGAAAAAUCUGAUUCGUAUUACGUUAUGAUGAAAAAAAUAGAGAGAUUCCGGACGGAGCAGAAAAUGGAAUACGUCGCGUUGGAAACGGAAUUGGAUCCCGCUGAAAUGAUUUUGGAUGUGAAUGCAAACUAUAAUAUUGAAAGAAAUUUGCUCAAAAUUCUGAUUCCAUUCCUCGACGAGCCACUUUUCGAUUCGACAUUCCCGAAAUACGUGAAAACAGCAAGCACUGGAUUCACAUUAGCUCAUGAAAUAGGCCAUGGUUUUGAUAUAUUUGGGAUGGAAAGAGACGAAAAUGGAAGGAAAAGGGAUUGGUGGACAUCGGAGGAUUCAAAAGAGUAUAAGGGACGAAUGAAGUGUCUCGUAGAUCAAUAUGAUGAGUAUGAUGACCCAGAUUUUGGGAGAAACUUGAACGGCUCACAGACGAUAGGUGAAAUGAUGGCAGAUAGAUUGGGAUCAGCGACAUCGUGGAGGGCGUUCAAAAAGUUGGAUCUAUCGAAUGAACCGAAAAUUAUCGGAUUUGAAAACUAUGACAUCGAGAAGUUGUACUUUCACAUUCAUGCUCUGAAUUUUUGUGCUCCACGAGACACUUCUCCUUUGGUCGAGGCAAUGGAAUGGAUUCAUCCGACUGAUAGUUUCAGGGUAAAUGGAGUGUUUUCGAAUAUGAAGGAGUUUGGAGAGGCAUUCAAGUGUCCUAUCGGGUCGCCGAUGAAUCCGAAUAGGAAAUGUGAACUUUUUUGA